AUGACUCCUUAUUUCGACGUCUCCCACCUCCCUUCCUCGGCCUCUUUUUACUCGGCUAUCCUCCAACCUCUCGGCAUCCACUAUAUAUCCACAAACACGCUGACCGCCAACGACGACAAAGACCCCAACACUGCCAACAACACCGCCAGAAGCCUUUCAACCGUCACAUAUGGUACAUCGUCUCCGCCCACCCCCGUCUUCCAAAUUCGCGAGGCCCGCAAUUCCCUCGAACCCCUAAAGCUGUCUCGCGUUGUCUUCUCUGCCCCAUCCCCCACUGCUGUCACCGACUUCCACUUCUUUGCCCUGCGCGCCAACCCUGCUCCUCUAGCCGUUCCCCGCCCCACCGCCAUCACUCAAUGUGGCGAUAUCCACCGAGCCGCUGUCACCGACAUGGACGGUAACACGAUGGAAGUUGUAUAUCAACCCCCUCCUAACUACCCUCCUUCCCACGCUGGUUCUACUGUUCGAAGGACACAAUCAACCCACGAGGAAGUCAGUCGUAUCCUCAACUGGAACCACGACGUUGCAACCUCUGAAUCGUCCCCCUCUACCCUCGCCCUUGCCAUGGCCUCCCGAACCGGCCAGCUCCCUGGCAAUGAGCCUUAUACGAUACUGCGCCGCAGUGUUACUACCUCCAUAAUCGAAUCGCAUUCUACCAAUAAUGACCUCGACUCUGCUCCUAUCCCCAGCCCGGCAGCUGCCCCAAAUUCGAGCAGCGGGUUGCAAACCAGCACCGUUGUGGGAAGUCUGCUAGGCGCUGCUGUCGGUGCCGCCGCCGGUGCCGCCCUAACGUACGGUAUGAUGCGGAAGGAACGUGCGCCUGCGCCGCUCCACGAGUUUGAUGGUACCAACCCCGCUCCGCCUUUCCAGCGCCGCGCCACCUUCCCCGAUCAAUAUCAGAACCCGCAGGCCACACCUGGACGCUACGUCGAGGUUGAGAGGACUGUCGAAAAGAUCCGAUACCCUGAGGCAUAUCCGACUCUUCCUGACAAUGGUCCUGCUCCUGAGUAUAUGGCCAAGUACAGCCAGGUUGGCUCCCAGACUCGUGAGGUCGACGUGUACGAUGACACUAGGAGUCAUCAUUCAUCUCGCUAUCAACUCGAAAGGGGUAGCAGCGUUCACUCACGGAGCCAGGCGGCCGUUCCCAGAGCUGCACCGCUCAUGAUCACCGAUUAUGAACAUCGGAGCAACGUUGGCUCAAGAAUUAGCAUAGCUGGCAAGUCGGCAGUGCCUCGCUCAGUUACCCAGGAUUUCGAUGAGACCAGAACCUAUGUUUCGGCUCGAAGCGCUAAGUCACAGUCAACCAUUCGUCCGCCUCCACCUACUACCCAGACAGAAUUAGGCGCCAGGAGUAAGGCUCCCAGUGUGGUUCCGAGCAGGGCACCGACGAACGCGCCGAGCAGGGCCCCCACUGUCGCCCCGAGCCGGGCUCCCACCAAGGCGCCCAGUCAUGCACCGACUUACGUUCCCAGUAAGGCGCCCAGCAAAACUCACACGGCCAUCAGAGUGCCCAAUUCCAACCCUGUUUUCGCUUAUCCGCCGGCCACACGAGCACCGACUUAUAUAUCAGCGCGCAACGUUGCUGCGCCUAAAAGCGGCAUUGGGAGUAGUAGUCGUGCCGAUUGGGAAGAAGAUGCCAUCAGUGUAGCGCCAAGUGAUAGCAUUAGCUGCAUUGGCAGUAAGACGAGCAGGCGCCAUUAUCACUAA